CGGGUUUGAAAACACUUCACGCGCGCAGUUCGGUGCUCCGCUCUCGGUUCGCGUCGCAGAGUGCCAUGUCCCGUUUACCGAUCAUAUCGAAGAGGCCUCUCUCCAGCGUCAAUGAUGGAGAACACCAACAACCUGAUGGAGAGCUUCAACAGCCAGCACGGAAAAAGAUACGCAAAGUCGAGACAGGUGUCCAAAGGUUCAAACCUGCUGCCAGCGUGGUUCCUCCUAAACACUCUGGGCCAGUCAGAGCAACCAGUAAAGCUGUUCCUCCAGCAAGAGCAGUGACUGUAGCAGGAGCUCCUGCGAGAGGGGAUGCAAAAAAGCUACCUGUACAUGCACCAGUUGCUAAAGGAGCAUCCAAGAGACCUGGAUGGGACUUAAAGGGCAAAGUUUCUGAUCUGGAAAAUAAAGUCCACAGUUACCAGAGCCGUCUGAAGUCUUACAACCAAGAAAACGAGGACCUCAAAGCCUCAAACGCAGAAAUACAGAAAAACAAAACAGCAGCCCAAGAGGAGAUCAAACAGUUAAAACAUCGUAUUGGGACCCUUCAAGAGAAGCAAGUGACCCUGCAAGAGGAGCUGGAGAGCACCGUUAAAGAAAAGGAUGAGAUUAAGAAAGAAGUGAACAGAGUAAAGGAAGAAAAUGUGGUUUUGAUAAAGAGAGGCGAUGACUUGAGUUCUCAACUCUGCAAUAUACAGAGCCAAUUGUCUAUUCAGACUGCUGCUCUGGUGCAGUGUCAAGGAAAUCUGCAGGUUUGUCAAGGAAAUCUGCAGGUUUGUCAGGAGAAUCUUCAGGUUUGUCAGGAUCAGUUGAAACAGUCUGAGGAAAUGGUGGCCAAGCUGAAAGAUGAGGUCCAUUAUGGAGAGAUGGAGCGCAGGAAGCUCCAUAACACGAUCCAGGAGCUCAAGGGUAACAUCAGAGUUUUCUGCAGGGUACGUCCGCUUUUGUCCGACAAGGAUGUAACUGUCCCACAUAUUCAACUGCCUAAUCAGGACAACAAGGCUAUUAUACUUGCAAAAACAGAAGAGUCGCAUGUGGGUCGUACUGCGGAAACUCAAAAGAAUUACAUCUUCAGCUUUGAUCGCGUUUUUGGGCCGCGCAGCUGCCAGAGCGAGGUAUUUGAGGAGAUCUCUCUCCUGGUGCAGUCAGCUCUGGAUGGCUACAACGUCUGCUGUUUUGCAUAUGGACAGACCGGAAGUGGCAAGACUUUCACCAUGGAAGGUGCUGAUAUGGACGACAUGAGAGGAGUCAUUCCACGAGCAGUGGAGCAGAUUUUUAAGACUUCGAACUCGCUUCGUGAGCAAGGCUGGGAGUACACAUUUACAGCCAGUUUUGUGGAAAUUUAUAAUGAAACCCUCCGGGACUUGCUGUAUAUGGGUAAUCCAAACAAGAGGCCAGACCACGAAAUAAAAAAGAGCGCAAAUAACACGAUCACAGUUACCAAUUUAAGAUAUCAGAAAGUCACCACUGAGGAAGAGGUUUGCAAGUUAAUCAUCUUGGCAAACCAGAACAGGUCCACUGCCCGAACAAACAUGAACGAUCAUUCAUCUCGUUCCCAUUCCAUUUUCCAGCUUGACAUUGAAGGAGAGAAUCCUGGCAGAGGAACCAAGUGCAAAUCUUCACUUUGUUUGGUGGACUUGGCUGGUAGUGAGCGGAUCCAGAAAAGCCAGUCUCAAGGAGAAAGGUUUAAGGAAAUGACUUCCAUUAACUCUUCGCUCACCAAUUUGGGACUUGUCAUCACUGCUUUAGCCAACAAGGAGAACUUUGUUCCAUAUCGCAACUCCAAGCUUACGUACCUUCUUCAGUCGUGUCUGGGUGGCAACAGCAAAACUUUGAUGUUUGUCAACAUUUCACCUGAAGAGGACAGUUUCGGUGAAUCACUAAAUUCCCUGCGUUUCGCCAGCAAGGUGAAUGACUGUGUUAUUGGAACUGCCACAGCCAACAGGAAGUAACCUUUUAUCUUCCUUCUGAUUACCUGAAGGCACCAAUACACGUGUCCAGCUAUCUUUUGGUCAAAGUGGCAAUUUCUUUUCUUUUUUUUUACUUUGCAUAUAUCUGCCUAACAUUUUUAUAAUUCAGCAAGAAAAUGUUUUUAAUCCUUUUUUUAAUUACAGGCACAUGUAUGUUACUAUUUUAAUAAAAUGUGCAAAUGUUGCGGUAUUCCUACAGUAUAUUGUAAAUGUGGAAUAAAAAAAGAGAGCUUAAGGUUUGCGGUUGCAGAAUACUCGUAAUAUCUCUAUGAGCUUGUUGGCUUAAAACGUUUAGAAACCUCUGCCAUACAGAAUCUUGAGUCAUUUAUUUACAUGUUUGCAGAGGCAGGACUAAAAGUUGCACGAUUUCAUUGCAGGCACCAUUCACACACACUCAUGUAGGUGUUCACAUCUGGGGGCCGAUUAAACAAAUCCUCUAGUAGCAGGUUUCUGGAAGGCGUAAAUAAACCCAAGACCGGCCUCUGUUCAUGCUAUAAAAUGGGGUGCAAUUUAAAGCAUAAGUGAACAUGUCUGGUGCUAUUAUUUAUCAGAUACCACCAUGUAUGAGCCACUAUAGUAGUUCCAACAGUACUGAAGCAUUUUAUUUAUAGCAUUAUGUGCUCUAAAAAGCUUGUUGCUUUCCUGUUGUUUUAAUGACCAAAAUCAUCUUGGCUUUAGUAUAAUUAUUCUUUUUAUUACCCCUCCUUCCGGUGGUACAUCAUGGCUUUAUUUUUUAUAAUCAGCGGUGCAGGUCUAUUCAAGCAGUUCAGAUGGUAUUUAUAAGCAAGACAAAUAGGAGACAUAACAAGGACAGUACCAUUUUAGCAUAGUUAAAUGGCCAAUAUGCUGACAGAACUGAUGCAUGGAUGAGUUGAGGGUCACAGGGCAUUUAUGUCAGUAUCUGUUAUGCCAAAAGAAAAAGGUUUAACUGCAUGACUCCAUAUUUUUACGUACAGGUUAGAGCUGUACUACACUGCCUGCCCUAUGGAAUGUUGCAACUUUAUCUGAUUUAGUUUGUGUUCAGCUUUAAUUGUGUUAUGUAAGUUAUGUCCUUACAGCUAAUGUCCCAAUCCUGAGAGCUCUUGUCCCAGGUGGAAAUAAUCUUGCUUUUACUAUUAAACAUAGUUAUGAUUUCUAUGA